GUCGAGCCGAGCCGAGGUGAGCGGCACCAUGCUGGGCAUGAUCAAGAACUCCCUGCUGAGCACGGUGGAGGCAUGGCCCUACCAAGUGCUGAGGAAGGGGGAGAAGGAGCAGCUCAGCUACGAGGAGAGGGCGUGCGAGGGCGGGCGGUUUGCGGUGGUGGAGGUGGUGGGGAAGCCGUUCGAUGAAGCCUCAAAGGAAGGAGUGCUCAAGCUCCUCAAGUACGUCGGAGGAACCAAUGACAAGGGGAUUGGAAUGGGCAUGACUGCUCCUGUCUCCAUCACUGCUUUUCCUGCUGAAGAUGGCUCCUUACAGCAGAAAGUGAAGGUCUCUCUGCGGGUCCCACGCCAGUUUCAAGCCAACCCACCUUGUCCUAGCGAUGAGAGCAUUAAGAUUGAAGAGAAAGAGGAGAUGACCAUUUAUUCCAUACAAUUUGGUGGCUAUGCCAAAGAGACGGAUUAUGUGAACUAUGCUGCCAAGCUGAAGUCUGCUCUGGGGAGUGAAGCUGCAUACCACCAGGAUUUCUACUUCUGCAAUGGCUACGACCCCCCUAUGAAGCCUUAUGGGCGACGCAAUGAGGUCUGGUUUGUGAAAGAGUGAGCAUCUGGCUCCCCAUGGUGCUGACUUACACCCCUAAUCUCCCAUACCAUGUUCCUGUCCUCUUCAAAAUAAACCACUAAUUUGGCAGAGGCAGAGAACCAUCAUUCCUUUCCUCCACACCUAUGCCUUAGUCUUUCAUGAACCAACCAUUUUAGAACAUUACAGAUCCCCAGAUGGUCCUGCUCCUUUGUUCCAGAUCAGGUCCUCACCCACACAGACUCUCAUGAUCUCUCUGUGGCUUGCUUUUCUGUACCUCAUGCUUCCAGAGUUUAAUGCUGAGACAGACAGAAGUAUUUAAUUAGCAAGACUGGUACCUUACAUGAGUUGUGUCCAAGUGCUAUGAGUCUCACCUGAGACAGGCAGGAGAGCAUGACAAAAGUGCACACAGGGACUUUUUUUAUCUUGUUGAACUUGCUGCAGCUGUAAAAUGCUGCUUUUAUCUGUGCCAUUCCAAAAGCAGUCUAAAGGGACAUGGGCAUUGCUACCAACACAGCACAGUGAAAAUAAGCAGCCUUUAUAUUGACUCAUAGCAUUCAGGAGAGUAAUGCUUCUGUCGUCUGACUAAGAAAUGUCAUUUAGUGGAAGAUCCAGGUUUCUGUUUACAGCUAUCUUUCUGCAUAAGGUGAGACAUUUUGAGGUGAGUUAUGUCCUUAUAUCAGGUAGCAGCUGGACAAUGUGACAUGGAGACCCCAAGACCAUUUCCUCACCUUCCUGUUACUUGUGUGUAACAUUUCUUUAAAACUAGCCUACACAAGGGCCAAAACCGACAUGUGUGUGUUAAUCAAACUGAAUUAGAAAAACACAGGCUGUGAAAAAAGCAGGUACCUAUUACUUGUGAUUUGAGGGUGCAUUUGAAGAAUGGUGAGCAUCUAGUGGAACUACUGUGACAUGCACAUCUUUAAAAAAUCUCUUAUUAAAUAGUGUUAGUUUCUGAAGGGCUGCUCAGAGCAACUGUCUUCUAUAGAGGAGGAGGAAAACCUGUCCUUUAAAACAAGGAUUUACAUCAAUCAAUGAGUAACCUUUUGGAAACUUCAAAUACAAUAGUAAGGGUGGGCCUUGUUUUAGGAAGAUGGCAGUGUUUAACUGUUAGGCAUCAAACCAGCAUUUUAGCUGUUGGCUCUACCAGGGAGGAAGCAGAAUGCCCACAGUGGAAACACGCUCACACGCCAUGCUGCUGCGAGUGCCUGUGUAAUUUGUUACCUCCAUUAGAAGAGAUAUGCUCCUCUGGUGUUUAAGUGCCCCAAAGUUCAGCCCCAAAGUCAUUUCCCCCUGGAAAGAGAUUUGCCAGAUGGCAUGCUGAGUUCUGGCUUGUUGAUCUGUUUGACACGCCUGCUUUCUGAGAACAAAUCCCAGCAGUAAAGGAGAAAACCUGAAGUUCUCAUGUGCUUUCCUUUUAUCUCUUGCUGAGCCAGAGCUCUGCCUUGGACCUCAUGAGAAUUUCAGUCACCUGUGUGCAAGAGCAGCUAAUCAGGAUGAGUAAAAAGAGCAAUAUUAUUUAAUUAGAACAAAAAUAACCCCAAGCCAAAUUAAACAAACAACAGCAACAAAAGACCCCCACACACAAAGAAGCCAUUGGAAAACCUACUGACUGUGGUUAGCAGUGCAGGCAAGGAGGAAUCAAAAGGGAAAUCAAGGCAGACAAAGAGUUAAUCUUUUGAAGGAGUUUUUAAGGAGAAAAGGCCCUUCUAAGGCCAUCCCUGAAUCCAAAAGGACCUGUUUAUUUGUAUCUGUGUGGUGUGAGGAAUGGAGGGACACAGCGCUGCCCAGUUUAUGCAUUUCCAGGUCCGUUCUGUGUGUAGACUGUGGAUACAGUCCCUUCUGGCUACUGGUGGUGAAUGUUCUACAGUGAUCAAAAUCCUAGAAUCUCUCAAAAUUUCUUCAGGGACAUCUCAAAUGUUAGGAGGACCAACAACAAACCUGUUAUGAACAGCACUGCACAUCUCAGCAGCAUGUUUUUUUUUUUUUUGUUUCAUAACAUGCAUACACUCUGACCCUACAAUGAGACUGAUCGCAUCUGUAGGCUCUCCAGUGCAGCCCUGCUGCUGGCUGGUUGUGCGCAGUGGGCAGAGUACAGUUUCAUAAACAGUGUUAACCAAUACCAAAAGCUUAUGCAAACCAAAUUGCCUUUUCUGUACACAUCUGCACACACAAAGAUGCCUGUGUUCUGUCUGCAUUUUCCAGAGCUUUUAAAUAAAUAAGAAAAUAAUAAGAUUGUGA